GCCUCACUAUACUGUAUGUCACAGGCUGUAUAAAUAUGGGAUCUCCCCCCCUGUGGAUCACACACUUGAACAAUUGCGCCCGCGCAAGAAUCUGAUGGGUCAUUUGAAUACAGCGAUCCUCUCUGGGUAGAUGAGGUACAGUAUAGUAGGUAGUUGUAUAGUGAAGAGUCUUUGCGUGAGCGCGUGUGUUUUUGUGUGAAUGUGCACUCCUAGAAUAGAAAGCCAAAGGAAGAAGAAGAAGAAGAGACAAGCAGGAUCGGUUUGCGCCUUGUUGAAAUCCAGGGUGAAGCAAAUAGGUAGUGUGUAACAGAUCAGCUCUUCGCGCACCCUUUGUGGAUUUAAUGGAUCAACGGAUGUGAUGCCAAUAUAUAUCAUCGACCGAAAAUUUCCCGACACAUCUGGUGAGUUGAUACAGCCGGCAGCUAAAGGAGGAGACCUGAGAAUGACAGAGACAAACCCCCCCAAGCUGGCUAAGAAGCCUCGCUGGACCUCCCUUGAGGUCGGCCUCAUUACUAUUGUCUCCUUGCUCUUCAUCGUCAUCGUCGCCCUCAUUAUCCUUUUUGCAGCACAGAAGACUGAAGAAAUCUGCACCACAGCUGACUGCACGCAGUCAGCGUCUCGCCUAAUUGAGAACAUGGAUGCUAACGUGAACCCUUGUGACAACUUCUAUGAGUAUGCCUGUGGAGGCUGGCUGAAAAAGAACAUCAUCCCUGAGACCAGCUCUAGAUACAGUACCUUUGACAUCCUACGAGACGAACUGGAGGUCAUUCUCAAAGGUGUCCUUGAAAAAACUGUGGAGGGGGAAGCCACUGCUCUCACCAAAGCUAAGACCCUUUACAAGUCCUGUACCAAUGAGAGUUUAAUUGAGCUGAGAGGAGGGGCUCCUUUGCUCGACAUGCUGUCUGAUGUGUUUGAUUGGCCCAUGGCUGUGGAUAACUGGGAGACCAACUAUGGUGAAACGUGGAGGUUGGAGAAUGUAAUCGCCAAGCUGAAUGAGAAAUAUGGAACACAACUCUUGGUUAACUUUUUUGUUGGCACCAAUGACAGGGAUUCAAACGCUCACAUCAUUCAUUUUGACCAGCAGACAAACCUUGGACUCUUGUCCAGAGAUUACUAUGCUUGCACUGGACCGUACGCAGAGGCAUGUCGGGCCUACGAGCAGUUCAUGUUUGACCUGGCUAAGCUAAUUCGCACUGACAGGAAACUGGUCAUCAAUGAGACCAGCAUCAGGCAGCAGGUGGCACGAGUCAUGGACCUGGAGAAGGACAUCGCCAAUGCUACUGAUACUCCAGAGGACCGUAACAACCCUGUGUUGCUUUACAACAAGAUGGAACUGGGUGAUAUGAACACCAACUUUACCCUUGAGGUUGAAUCCCAGGUAUUUGACUGGAGUUACUUCACAGCGAAGAUAAUGGAUACAGUCAAUAUCAGUGUUCCUGACACAGAGAAAGUCAUCAACUACUCCCCCAACUAUUACAGAAGACUCAGCGUUAUCUUGGCCAAAUACAACAAGAGGGAUCUGCAGAACUACAUGGUGUGGCGUUUUGCUAUGAACAUGGUGGUGGGCCUGAGCAGAUCUUACAGGGACACCAGGAAAGCCUUCCGCAAGGCUCUGUCUGGUACAACGUCAGAGGCAGCAGUGUGGCGACAGUGUGCACUUUACGUCAACAACAACAUGGACAAUGCUGUGGGAAGACUGUAUGUGCAGGAGGCCUUCUCUGAAAAGAGCAAAGAACUGAUGGAGGAGAUGAUUAAAGACAUUCGGGAAGUGUUCAUUAGUAACCUCUAUGACCUGACAUGGAUGGAUGAGGAGACCAAGAAAGCAGCUGAGGAAAAGGCCCGUGCUAUUCGGGGACGGAUUGGCUAUUCUGACGACAUCAGGGAUGACGGAUAUCUUAACAAUGAAUACAAAGAUCUGAGCUACACUGCAGAGGAGUACUUUGAAAACAUCCUGCAGAACCUGGAGUAUGUGCAGAAGAAACGCCUGCGGAAACUCAGAGUCAAAGUCAACAAAGAUGAGUGGGUAACUGGAGCUGCUGUUGUCAACGCCUUCUACUCAUCCAGCAAAAACCAAAUAGUUUUCCCUGCAGGAAUCCUCCAGCCACCUUUCUUUAGCAAAGGCCAGGCUAAAUCUCUCAACUAUGGUGGCAUCGGCAUGGUCAUUGGUCACGAGAUCACUCAUGGCUUUGAUGACAAUGGCCGUAAUUAUGAUAAGGAUGGUGACCUGAAGGACUGGUGGACACCUGACUCCACUCAGAAGUUCCUAGACCUGUCGAAGUGCAUUGUCAAUCAGUAUGGCAACUUCUCCUGGGACCUGGCCAAUGGACUUCAUUUAAAUGGUAACAACACCCUCGGGGAGAACAUCGCUGACAAUGGAGGGAUACGGCAGGCAUAUCAGGCCUAUAAGAACUACGUGAAGGAGCAUGGAGAGGAGCCAUCACUGCCUGGCAUUGACCUUUCCCACGAUCAACUCUUCUUCUUAAACUUUGCUCAGGUGUGGUGUGGAACGCACCGACCGGAACAAGCUGUUACUUCCAUUAAAGUAAAUGUACACAGUCCAGGGAUAUUCAGGGUACUGGGCUCCCUUCAGAAUUUCCCCGAAUUUGCCAAAGCAUUCAAAUGCAACAAGAACAGCUACAUGGUCCCGGACAACAUAUGCCGUGUGUGGUGAUCCCUUAACGUCUAGGAUGGGGACUCUUCUGACGUGGGUAGAUCCUAUCCCGCUGCAGUACCUCUCCUCUCUGACUGUGGGACUUGUGGGGGGCUACAGGGAAGUGAAAGCUCCCCUUAGCUCUUUAAUGGAUGGACCAGGGCGGGUGGACUGACACUGCAGUAUGCACUUCCUCUGAGGAAAGCAGUGGACUGUACCUUCACGGGCAGAUGGAGCACUGUCUCUCCGACUCUGAUACUGUAGUUCAUUCAAUCAGCCUGAUUAUUCUGCUACUCACUGGAUACAAUCACUCAUUGUGUUUUUUGUUUGUUUUUUCUCUCUGGAUUUUCAUCUUCUUUUACUCAUUGUUUUGAGUGUGCCAAAGUGUUUGUGUGUGUGUUUCAGUCAAAAUACUGUACAAGUAGUUGUAAAGAGAGGGGUAGGCUGACAAAAGUGCUCAUAUCCACUAGCAUAUGAAUACAUCAGCCACCCACUCGCACAUGCACGUAACAGGGCUGAACCUCUGUGCUCCUUGUGGGACUGAGCUGUAUGCCUCUCUUGAAACCUCAGCUGGUUUCAGCCUUCAUCUACACACUGAUACAGUAUACAAUGUAUUUGUUAGGUACUCUUUGUUUAUAAGAACAACUAGAUUAGGUAAAUUAUUAAAUCAGAGUUUAUUUUGCUGAAUAGACCAAUACCUAUGUCAUUGUAAUCCUUAUACACAACACUGUUCUAUAUUUGAGGAUAAUGACUUAACUGUGGUUGACAGAUGGCUGCUUUUCAUUAGCAGUAUGUCAAAUAAACCAAAAUUACAUGUUUGCCUUUAAGAUGACAGCUGCUCAUGAAUCAUUAGGUAGACAAAUGACAGUCAGCAGACCCUUUUAUACACUCACUGAUCCUCCUGUGUGUUUCUGUGUGGAUUACUGUCUGAGUUUUUUUUUAAGUCAUGAUUACUGUUUGUCAAGCAAAUUGGUGUGUCUGACGUGAUCUGUUUUGCUGCUCUGUUUCAGCGUCUGUAUGUGUAUUUGCAGAAAAACUAAAUAUUAGAACAUUUUACCACAAAUAUACUUUUCUUGCUGAUUGCAAAGUCACUUACUAUUGUUGUGUGACAUUGCUACAGACAGGAGCUGAUUAACUUAGCGGAGCAUAACAACCGCAAACUGCCAGCCUGACCCGCAAUAUCAUUUAAGCUCAUUAAUAACCAUGUUAGUAUUAUUAGUACAAGUAGCAAGUGUGGAAAACAAUAAAUUGUGGUUUUGUAUGGCA